UACUUUAUUUUGGUAUUUAUAAACUCUGGGGGCUAAAUUUAUACAGCUCGCGCCGUGAGACUGCAGUGUCACUGCACCGUUAACAUCCUAUUUAACAUUUUUUGUUUAGAUCUGAUAAUGCCAGGUGUGGCGCUGAGUGUGAAACACCAAAUAAGUGCAAUUAUUAGAAGAUUUAAGUUUGAAGAGUUAGAGGAUGCUGUACUGCCGGUUUUUCCUGAAGUGUCUUGGACUGACAUUAAAUCCAGACUUGUCAAGGACCAUGAAAGCCUUACAACCCUUCAUGCUCUUAAAAUAAUAGAACAAAUAAUCAAGGAAUUUGGGGUAGCAGAAAAGGAGUUAAUAGAUAGACUAGCAAUGCUAGAAAUAACUGACGUGAGCAGACAUUAUAGGAGAAAAACUUGGUAUUGCCACGAAUUUAAAGGUACAAGUGUUGUGAGCCAUCUAACAUUCGAUGAACUAAGUGAAAGAAUCAAAUCAAGCUUCAAUAACCAUCACAUGAAAGUUGAUGUUCAAAUCUUACUGCAUAAUGAUAUAAUAUUUUUAUCAAUCAAAGAUAGACCAAAAAAAAAGCAAACAACGAAAAUUCUUCCGACGUAUUUUUCUUGGAUGAGUAAUGAAAAUUUUUUCUUCUGCUCGAAAAGAAUUGUUUUGAAAAGUGUGUUGAUUGCAUUAACGGACAGUAUGGGCUACCAGAGUUGCAGACUAAUCAAAUUAAUGGGUAAAGACAUUCCUUCAUUGAUAAAAAUGUUGCUAGAUAGAAAAGCUGCAUCAUCAAAGGGAAAUAUAGUUAAACCACCAUUGAGGUUUCAGCAGACGAAUCCGACUUUAACAUCUCUGGGACUUGAUUUUACACAGCACAAACAGCGCAUGAAAUAUGCUGAAAACUGUUUUGGGUAUGAACCACCAACUUUUGAGCAAUUGAGAAUCAAAAGCUCUGACCAGCAUUGGAAAAACAGAGAAGACAAAGUUCAAUUGCCUGAUGAUGUUAUAUAUACUGGGAUAGAAUUUCAAAGUACUAGUAUACCAAGUUUCUUGAAAAAUCUAGUAAUUCAACGAAUACUUGUAGCACCACUACCUUGUUAUGCAGCAAAUAUUUUAACAUUAGCUAGAAAUGAUUUGACUCUAAAAGAAGGAUAAAAUUGUUGGAAUCCAAGUUACAACACACCUUUUACAAACUAGACACUUCUAAGCAAUCGGUUAUAGUAAGUUUCGCCGCAAUCAAGGCUAUUAAUGUUAGUUAUUUAUUACAGUAAAUUGCUACAAAAUAUGUUAAAUCUUCUUUAACUAGUUGCAGUGAUUUCAAUUAGGUAUGGUAUUUUGAAAUACAUUUGACAUAGGUGUGUAUAAAUGUAUAUAUGCACACAGAUAUCUUUCCUUUAAUUAUCUGUAUUUUUGAUUGAUAGCAUUUAAUUGUUUUAAUUGCUUAAUAUGAAUUAUUUUGAAUUAUCGAUAAUUUUGCUAAAGUAUCUGCAGGAACCAUGUAAACAUAAGUAAAUUUAUACUUUUUUAAGCAGUUAAAGUUUGUAAAAUCACUUUUAUGUAGAUUAAUUAAAUA